AUGGAUUACUCGGCUGACGCUUUCACAACACUCUAUAUCGUUGGUAUACCAGACUCUGCCACAGAACAAACUAUCAGAGACGUAUUUUCUAAGUAUGGUACUGUAGAGUUGGUAACUAUUCUUGCGAAACGCCCGAACUACAUCACACGAACGAUCUUUGUGAAAUACUCGAAGAAAGAAGAGGCCUUAACAGCCCGCCGUGAACUGAAUGGGACGAACCCGUUUGGGAGUGACGGGCAAAACAUCAACAUCAAAAUAGCUGAUAAGAAUUAUAAGAGGAAAAGAGAAGAACGGAUGAGACAACAAGACUUCUAUAUGAGGAAACCGAUGGAUCGCCCGAUUGAUCGUGACCCACGAGAAUACCCCCCACGAAGAGAUGACUAUCAACUCCCUUAUACUCCUCAAGGAGAGAAUGGAUAUCAACAAUAUGACCCAAUGUACCCACAACCAAUCUACCAACCUUAUCAAAUGUAUUACCAACAACAACCUCCUUACUAUAACACUGGGUAUUCAGUACCACAAGAUUCUAACCCUUAUAACUAUAACUACCCACCUCAACCACCUCCUCCUCAACAAAAUAUUCAAGGCCAACAACAUACCCUACCUAACCCUCCUCAACAUCAACAAAACUCGAAUGUUACACAACAACAACGCCAAAAAACGGCAGAUAACCAGAAUUAUAAACCAGCUCCAACUCCAGUAGAUCAACCGCGUAGAGAACAACAACAAUUACCACAAAAAGACAUUCAAGGAAAUAGGGAAUAA